AUGAUUUGGUUUUUAAUCCAUAAUUCGUCACUCUCGAUUUCGAACAAGGUGCUAUUAGCGGAUUUAAAAAAUGUUUUUCCCAAUACAACAAUUAAAGGUUGUAAUUUCCAUUACAACCAGUGUAUUUUCAAGAAGAUUCAAGAUUUAGCUUUACAAAAAGAUUAUUAUGAUUCAUUAGAAGAUGAUCCAACAAGUGUUAAAUGUUUAGUUCAACAAACUGGAGCAUUGGCGUUUAUGCCAAUUUCUAAAAUAAAUGAGUUAUGGUGUACAAUUAUGGACAAGUUCGAACAUAUACCACGUUCACAAGAUUUCUUUGAUUAUUAUACAGAUACAUGGAUUGACAAAGGGUGCCUAUAUCCUAGACAACUUUGGAAUUACUACAAUUUCAAUGGUCCUAGGACUAACAAUGGAUUGGAAGGCUAG